AUGCCAAUUCGGCCCAGCUUGGUGACGAGUGGAGGAAAGAAGAAAUCCAAAUUUAAAGCCUUCAAGGAUUUUUUUGUCAAGAAGAAGAAAAGGGAGCCUGUGGAUGUCUACAGAGGGAGGAGCCUGAAAUCAAGCUUCUCCAGCCUCCAUUUUAACAAAUCUUCUCUGAAUCUGGCUCAGGAAGGUCAACAAUCAAAGUCUAAGGUUAAGGGAAACAUGGAGACCAAAUCCCUGUCCCAUGAAAGCACCUUCAUGUUGGAUCCUGAGCCUGAAAUGCCAGCAAGUAAAAUGAACCCUUCUCCAGAGCUCCAGAGGGGCAGAUCUCUGGAGAGAUCUCAUGUUUCUAGAACUCUAUCUAGCGCUGGUGGUAUGUCUAGAGCUGUUUCUGGAACUCUGCAUGAAGUUGUACCCCAUUAUGUGUCCAGAAGUGGAAUCUGGGUUUCAGGCUCCAAGAUCACUGAGAUCCCACCAAUGCGCUCACAGCAACCCAGCAUACGUCCACCUGUUACAGGAUCUGAGACAAUCUGUAAGGACUUUGAAAAAAUCUCUGUUGGUGCUCAGCCACCUAAGACCCCACGAAAGGCUUUAUCACAGAAGAUCUUGUCAUUGAAGAGCUCCUUUGAGCCUUCAUCUGGACCCAUUCGCUCUCAGUCCUUGACCACGUUUGCUGUGCCCACCUCUCCCAGCAGCACCCAGCUGCCCAUUGGUUUCAGCACCCCAGCCACUACCCAGGCCUGUUUGGAUUCUUCAGCUUCUGAACACAAGAUGGCUUUAAACCCCCAAAAACAAAAGAAGAAGAACCCUGAAGCGACUGUGAAGCCAAAGCAGGAGGAGCUGAGCUUUCCACUGGUUUCUGAAGAGAAGACUAAAACCAAACCAAAAGCAACUUAUGAAAAGAAACCCAAAAAAGACAGUGCAGGUCCUUUGGCUCAGGAACAGAGCAACAACACUGAGAUUUCUAAGACAACCGAUCAGGCUACAAAGACAGAUGCUACUGGGAGUCAGGGCUACUCAGCAUAUGGAAAACAAAGUGGAAAAAAAGGAUCAAGUGCUUCAGAAAAGAUUGAGAGUAGGCCCAGAGGAAGGAGCUCUAAAAAAUCUAGUCGAAAGCUUGACUUAGGUAAUAGAGCUGAGUCCCCAUCUGCCUAUAAGAUUGCCAGGGAUAGCCAUUUCUGGCGGUUGCCCUUGGAGAAGCAAGUCGCAGAGCAGCCCAUAGCUCUACAAGCAGAAGCCAUUACUCCUCAGGAGUUGCUUUCAGAUAAAAACUACAUGGAACGGAGAAAGGCUGGUUUAGAUUAUGAAACCAGAAAAGCAUCACUAUCUCAUCCUAUACCUAAACACAUGAACGCGUCCAUGAUUAGUGGUCCAUCACAAUACCAUGAAGGUGGGGCUUCUGGAACCAAGUCAGAAGCCAGAGCUUCUCUUUUAUCAGUGGUGGAAAGCCCCUCUACAGCCCAAGAAGAUGUCAUGUUCUCAGUGGCAGGGGAAGCUCAGGUGUGUAUGGGUCCUUCUCAUAUCAGAUCAGAAGAGGAAGAUGCUUCUAGCUUUGAUUCACAAAGUGUCAAAUUAAAAAUGGAGUCAGCUCAAAAUAUCUCAAAUAUCUGCAAAAAGAAGCCUCCUGGAAAUGUCCUCCAGGCCUUUCCAGCAAGCAUUUUGGGUAUGGCAAGUGAUUUGCCAGAGAGAAGCAUUUCUGUAGAGAGGCUGCCUCCCAGAAGCCUCUCCCGGUCUUUGGGGAAGCCAGAAGCUAAAGAAGUCUCAGAUGCAGAUAAUACUUCAGAGAUGGAAAGUGAUUCAGAGAGUGCUUCAGAGAAGGGCAGUGCUUCUAAACAGCAGCUGGCUCCCAGUUACGUUUUCCAGUCCCUGGGGGAGCCUGAAGAUGAUGAAGAAGGCUUCACAGAAUCAAGCAGUUUUGUUGGGAAAUUGAGCAGUUCUCAUGAGCAGCUGGCUCCCAGUUUUGUGUCCCAAGCUCUGGGGGAGCCUAAAGAUGAAGUAUCCACAGAAUCAAAUAGUUAUCUUGAAAAAUACAGUACUGCUAAGGAUUGGAGCAGCUCUGAGGAAGAUCUGCCUCCAAGACACCCUUCUCUGGCCCCGGGGAAGCCCAAAGACCAAAAGGAAGUGUUCUCAGUUUCAAAGAACACAGCUGAGGAGUGGGGUGUUUCUGUGGAGCAGGUUCCUCCCAGACGCCUUCCUCAGCCUUUUGUGAGGCCAUUUGUUCAGCAACAACUCUCCACAGGUUCAGUGAAUACUUCUUCAGAAUGGGUGCCAAUGCCUUCCAGGCACAUUUACCAGCCUUGGCUGAAGCCUAAACCCAAGCAACAAGCCUCUUCCAGUCCAGAAAGCACGGUUGUUGAGGGGAGAAUUUCUAUGGAGCCUCUGCCUCCUAAAUUGCUUGCCCACCCUGUGAUGAACCCAAAGGUUGAAGAAAAUGUGUUCUUAGGUUCAGAGGGUGCUGAGAAGGUCGUUUCAGUGGAGCCAUCAUUCUCGGAAUAUUGUCCCGAAUGCUUGACAAAUCCUGAAGCCCAGCAUAUCGUCUCAGAGAACACUGCUGGUAAUGAAGGCAUGUUUGUAGAGCUACUGCCUCCAAAGUGUCCUUGCCAGCCUUUGGUGAAGCUUAACGUACAGCCAGAGAAUACUACUUGUGACUCAGGGAGUGCUUCCAAAGAAUGGAGCAGUCCUAUGGAGGUGAUGCCUUCGAGACACUCCUUCUACCCCUACGUGAACACCAGCUUUGAACAACCCUCUGCAAGUCCAAAGAGCACUGCUGUGGAGUGGGGCAUCCCUAUGGAGCCGCUGCUUCCCAGAAUGCCUUCUCAGCCCCUGAUGAGACCAAUUGCCCAGCAAAAAGUCUUCGAACAUUCAUUGAGUGCUCCUGCACAAUGGAGUGGUCUUGUGGAGCCAAUACGUCCCACAUAUACUUCCCAGCCCGGGGAGAGCCCUAAAUUUGAGCAACAAGCUUAUACAGGUCCAGAGAGCACUGUGGUUGAGAGCAGCACUUUGAUGGAGCCUCUACAGCCCAGAUUGCCUUCUGAGGCUCUGAGAAAACCAAUCUCUACAGGUCCAGAGAGUGUUGCCAAUGAGAGGGACACUUCUACAGAGCUGCCACCUCCCAGACAUUGGUCCAUUGUUAGACAUAAAGUUCAGAAAAUGUCACCAAGGUUUGAGAAAGCUGCUGUUGAGAGAGUCAUUUCUGGGAGAGCACAGCCUCCCAAAUAUCCCAUCCACUUCUUAAACUUUAAAGCUCAGAAAGUAUCCUCAGAUCUACAGAACACUGCUGUUGAAGGAGGUAUGUCUAAGAAAUCACUGCUUACCAGAUGUCCUUCCCAGUCGUUUGUGAAGUACAUGGCACAGCAUAUCUUUUCAGAGAGCCCUGAUAAGGAACAGCAGGUUUAUGUGGAUCCUCUGGCUUCAAAUCAACCUUCCAAAUCUUUGCUGGGGCCUAAAGUUGAGCAUCAAGUUUUGUCAGGUUGGGAGAGUGCUGAUAUUGAGGGAGGCAUUUCUUCGAAGCUGCUGCCUACGAAAGGCCCUCUACAGUCCUUGGAGAGGCCUGAAAACCUGCAAGAAGUUUUCUCAUAUUCAGAGAGUGCUCCUGUGAAGUGGAGCUGUCCUCAAGAGCAGUGGCCUCCAAGAUACCUUUCCCAGACAUAUGAAAAGUUUGAGCACAAGCAAGAAGUUUCCUCAGUUUCUCAGAGCUCUCUUGAAGAAUGGAGGUCUUCUGAAGAGCAGCAGCCUUCAAGAGUCACUUUCCAAGCUGAGGGUGGGGCUGAAUUCCAGCCACAGAUUUUGUCAACAGGCUCAGUGAGUGUGCCUAUAGAGUGUAGCAGUGCUGGGCAUCACCUGCCUCCCAGACAACCUUUUCAGGCUUUUGCAGGUCCUGAAUAUGAGCAACAAGUUUAUUCAAGUUCCAUGAGUGCUGCUGCUAAGGCAACCAUUUUUGAGAGCGAUUCUAGCACCUGUUCCCUACCAAAAGGUCCAGAUUCUCCAAACGAAACUAUAAAACACAGCCAUGGCUCUGAAGAUCUCAUUAAGAACAUCCCAACUUCUGCUACCAAGCCUGUGAAGUCCACUGUCACUCCCGCCUGGCCAACAUCCAUUUCUAGGGAUAGUUAUCCUAAGGAGGAAGUUCUUGAGAGUAGUGAUCAAAAUGAUGGCUGUUCAAGUUUAUCCACCAGUGAGGCUGAUGUUAAAAACCUUUUUGGAGUCCGGCUGAGGAGGAUCCCUUCCUCACAGAAGUAUAAGAGUAAGGAACAGGAGCAUUUUACCAAGCUUUCUUCACCCUCCUUGGGCCCGAUGUCAACUUCUGUAGGUGGAGAACCACAAAUCAGAAGUGCUUCCAAGGGACUCCUCCACACUGAAGAGAACCUCACCGCAAUAUCUGACUUUGCAGAGAAGAAAGAGAGCAAGCCCAAAUCUGAUAGCAUGCCCAAGAAGCAACCUGCUUACAAGAUCCCAGGUAAGAUUGCUGAUCGACAAUCAGAUUAUGCCACCUCAGAGCCAGCGUGGAUAACCUUGGCAAAACAGAAGCAGAGGAAGUUCCAGACUGAGAUUACUAUGGAAGAGCUUAAAGCCAGUACUGGAGCUGGACCAGAGGCUGAGACUAAGGUGGCUAGUUAUGAGGGAGCUGGCUGUGUUCCUCAAAACCAACCAAGAAAGAUUUUCACUUCUGAUGUCACUAGACAGGAGAUUGAACAGAUGGCACUACCUAAGUCUACCGAUCCAGGAUUUGAAAAUCAGAAGAUAUUUCAAGUGCCUGCCAUGAGAAAAGAAACCAGACAUUCUUCAGCUCACCCAGCCAUGUUCCAAGAGCCAGCUGAGCCAGUCUGGUUCUCCAUGGCCAAGAAGAAAGCCAAAGCAUGGAGCUAUAUAACAGAAAUCAUGCAGUAA